GUAUUUACUGCCCCUAUAAAUACUUCUCCAUUCACUUAGAAGCUCUUCAUUCCCAAAAUCCACAACUUCCUUUCAUAGCUUCAUAGUACCGAACCAAAAAUGACACUCUUACUAGCAAAGACACUUCCCAACCUGUUCGUUACAUCCCAAUGUCUUUUUGUCUUCUUCAUCGUCCUCGCUUUCGUCUCUCCUUUUGAUUCCACUGCUUUUUCUUCUUCUUCAACUAAGAAAGAAGUUGGAGAAGAAGGAAUGGAAGCAGCGGCUCUCUUGGCAUGGAAAGUUAGCCUUGACAACCAAAGCCAAUCUCUCCUGUCCUCAUGGGUUGUCGGAAGCAACCACUGCAAUUGGAUUGGAAUUGGUUGCAAAAUGGCUGGCAGCGUCAUCACUCAUAUUGACCUUGAGGGUUAUGGCUUAAGAGGUACACUUUCGAAUCUGAAUUUCUCUUCCCUCCCUCAUCUUCUCAGCUUUGAUCUUACAAACAACUCGGUUUAUGGGACCAUCCCCUCCCCGAUUGGUAGCCUUUGGAGACUCACCCAUCUUAGCUUGUCCGCCAACCGUCUCUUUGGCUCAAUUCCACCUGGAAUAUGCCAAUUGUCAAAUCUCAAGACCUUGGAGCUGCACCAAAAUCAAAUAGGUGGCUCCAUCCCCCACGAAAUAGGAUUGCUCCUUUCUCUUAUUGAGCUCACUUUGAAUUCCAACAAUCUCACUGGUUCAAUUCCUACUUCUAUGGGUAACUUGGUCAACUUAACUACUUUGCACCUUUACAAAAAUCAUCUGUCCGGGUCGAUCCCCGGAGAAGUUGGGAAGCUAAGGUCCAUCAUUGAUCUCGAACUGUCAACGAACAAUCUCACUGGUUCAAUCCCUGCUUCUAUUGGGAACUUGGUCAACUUAACCAUUCUUUACCUUCAUAGAAACCAACUUUCCGGAUUAAUCCCUGAAGAAAUUGGAAUGCUAAGGUCUCUUAGUGAUCUCAGACUCUUUGAAAACAAUCUCACUGGCACAAUCCCUGCUUCUAUAGGGAAUUUGGUCAACUUAACCACUUUGUGCCUUUACGAAAAUCAUCUAUCCGGGCCAAUCCCUAAAGAAGUUGGCAUGCUAAAGUCCCUCACUGAUCUCGAACUCGAUACGAACAAUCUCACGGGUUCAAUCCCUACUUCUAUAGAGAACUUGGUCAACUUAACCACUCUGCAACUAUACCAAAAUCAUUUGUCCGGGUCGAUCCCUGAAGAAGUUGGCAUGCUAAGGUCCCUCACUGAUCUCGAACUCGAUACGAACAAUCUCACGGGUUCAAUCCCUACUUCUAUUGGGAACUUGGCGACCUUAACCACUCUACAACUUUACCAAAAUCAGCUUUCUGGAUCAAUCCCUGAGGAAAUUGGGAUGUUAAUAUCCCUAAGUGAUCUCAAAUUGUCAACGAACAAUCUCAUGGGUUCAAUCCCUGCUUCUAUUGGGAACUUGGUCAACUUAACCACUCUUUACCUUCAUAGAAACCAACUUUUCGGAUCAAUCCCUGCUUUUAUAGGGAACUUGGUCAACUUAACCACUUUACUCCUUUAUGAAAAUCAUUUGUCUGGGUCGAUCCCUGAAGAAGUUGGCAUGCUAAGGUCCCUCACUGAUCUCGAACUCGAUACGAACAAUCUCACGGGUUCAAUCCCUACUUCUAUUGGGAACUUGGCGACCUUAACCACUCUACAACUUUACCGAAAUCAGCUUUCUAGAUCAAUACCUGAGGACAUUGGGAUGUUAAUAUCCCUCACUAAUCUCAAAUUGUCAAUGAACAAUCUCAUGGGUUCAAUCCUUGCUUUUAUUGGGAACUUGGUCAAUUUAAGCACUCUUUACCUUCAUAGAAACCAACUUUCCGGAUCAAUCCCUACUUCUAUAGGGAAUUUGGUCAACUUAACCACUUUGCUCCUUUAUGAAAAUCAUCUGUCCGGGUCGAUCCCUGAAGAAGUUGGCAUGCUAAGGUCCCUCACUGAUCUCGAACUCGAUACGAACAAUCUCACGGGUGCAAUCCCUAGUUGUAUAGGGAGUCUGGAAUUUGUUGUGUCUUUAUCUUUUUUUGAUAACCAACUUACUGGAUCUAUUCCCCCACACUUGAACAAUCUUACACUUUUGAGAAAAUUUGCCGUAGAUAAUAACAUGUUAACUGGUCAUUUACCAGAAGACCUAUGCUUGACUGGAUCACUUGAAAAUUUACAGCCUUGUACAACAAUUUCAGUGGACUCGUCUCCAAAAGCUUGAAAAAUUGUAGCAGCUUAUACAGGGUAAGGCUUGAGGGAAA